CAAUGGGAGGUUACUGAAGGAUGGUCCUCAGUACAGAGUGAAUUAUGGCAGUUUGGAAAGCAAAGGAGCUCCAAAAUACUCCAGCACCUUCCCAGCUUCCCUUCCACCUGUCAGCCUAUUACCCCAUGAAAAAGACCAGCAGAUCAUCAGGAUGUGACAGAAGACUUGGUCCAUUAGAAGUGCAUUAGAGCUCUCCCUUUGUCAGUCUGAACAUUCACACUGAGAGUACCAAAUGCAGACUCUGAACCUUUCUUCCUGAAUGAAAAGUGAUCAGAAGAGAUACAGUAUGGCCUGUGUGGGGCAAGGUAGUUGUGUUGUGUCUGGGUUGUUGUUAGCUUGUUUGGAGUUUUUUUGCUUGUUUGGUUUUGGGAUUUCUGGUUUUGUUUGCUUGCUUCAAUCGCCCACCCAAAGCGUCUGAGUAUGUAGUGCACUGAGAAGAUAAAUAGUGUUGAAAUGCAGUGUCACUCAAUUCAGUUUUGCAGACCUGGAGCCUUGACUAUGUGACAGGAGUGUUGAGUGGUUUGCAUUCUAUGAAUACUUGGAACAGGGAGCUGGAAGUGCUAAAGAUUUGUCUUAGUGUUGAUGCUGUGGAGCUGCUUUUUGCAUCCCUAUUAACUGGGCGAUCCAGUUCAACUAGAUAUAGUUCUCUUGUUUCAUUAGAUUUAGAAAUAGCGGCAGUUAGUUACAGAAAUACAGCAGCCAUGUUUCCUCCUGUUAUCCAUAGGCCUGGAAGAAAGGAUUUGUGUAAGAAUGGUGUUUCAAGUGUUAUCCUGGCUUUUCUGGAUUUGGGCAAAGUUGUAUUAACUGCUGAGUUGCAGCAAGAGAAAGCAUGCAGUGCAGCUGUUUAAAUUUUCCCCUACUCGAUCCCUUUCCAUUCCCGUGUGUGUGGAGGGUUGCUCUUCCAUUUCUGAAUGAAGAGAUACAAGUACAAGGUUCAUGAAAGAUAGAUCUUGUUGGAAGGUCAGGAGCUUUUGGCAGCUAUAUGGUGUCUAGGUGGUAUAUUUUAAGUGUCAUGAGUAGUAUAUAUUAUAUAAAGGACUUUUCAGUUAUUUGAAAUAUUCUGGUGGCACUGAGGUAAAUGCUCACUUGGUGUUUGGACAGGUGACUUGAAGCAAUGCACUUCAGAAGGUGCCUGAUUUAGUGUUAACUGGGUGUGUGAAGGACAGCAUCCUGCCAGAGGUGGAGCUGCCUUAAGAGUGAAGAAGACUGAGAACAGUGGUAUGCUUCAGGAUGAAGACUUCCAGCAUCUUUUUUUGCAUCCUGAAAAAAGAAAAAACCCAGAAAAAAUCCUCCUCAAAUAAAGAAAUAAAAAAGCCAAAAAACCUACACACACAAGAAAGCAGAAAAAGAAUUCAUUCUGUUGUGCAGCCAUUUGAUCUCGUGAGCUUCACUAUGUUGCAGUGCAUAUUUAAACAAUUUAACUGCUCUUAUGUGCUCUUCCUUAUGCUCAAGUGUAUCGUGCAUAGAUACCCUCCCUUUUGCUUCACACCUUUUCUCACCAAGCAUUUCCUGAAAAGGGCUGUAUGAAUAUGUUUACCAGAAAAUGCAGUGUAAAAACUGGUUACAUAGUAGGGAAGGGUGUGAAGAGAGAGGAAAAUUGAGUGAUACUUAGCUUUUCAAUAAGGCUUUGAAGCAUUACAGUGCGCUUCUGGAAAUGCAGCCAAGUGGUAUUUAAAACUUAUGGUUAGUUUUAAGAGCUUUAAUGGUGUCAAUUGUAGAAUGGCAAUAUUGCUGAUGUUUUCUCUGUUUUCAUUGUCACUUGGACAAGCACUAGGAAAGUUCUGUAGUUUGGGAGCUGCAUGAAACCUAGUGAGUCUUGGGAGUUAGCCAUCUCCUGAGCACAAGUGCUGUGUGCUAUAAACUCAAAGAAACAGAUAUUUGUGGGUUGUAGGCAGCUCUUUAUUUGCCUAUUUUAGACAUAAUUUAAAAGGAUAAAUUGAGCUUUUAAAGAUGAAGAGGGAGUGGCCAUUGUAACAUUAUCAGAGGGCUGUGGGAAUGCAUAGUGUAUCUCAGCAGUUUAAUUUUUGCUAUGUUCAGAAUAAUUAGUACUUAAAGUUCAAAGAUUGUUCAAAUGGAGAUGGCUUGAUGUUGGUUCUCCUCAAUGCUCUCUUGAACAGCAUCAGCAAAUGUGUUUUUCAUAUGAUUCUUGGCAUGAAAAAAAUUACUAAUCUUUCACUUUCAUUUUGUCUUUCUAAGCUGACUUUCAUGCAAAACUGAACUUGUUUUAUUAAUUUUUCUUACCCUGAACUCCUAUCUAAUUUUGUUUUCACUGGCCUAUGUGCAUUUAGAUUUUCAAAUGUAACUUGGCAUGGGUUGAAUUUCAGUUUUCUGGUAUGUAUCUUGUGCCAGUGCAGACACUGGGUGUUCCUCCUUCUGUCUUUCAGGCAAAGGGCCAAUCUAUAACAAAUUGCUUUUUUUGGCGUUCAGGCUCCUCCUUGCUCAGUUUUUAAGCUUCCUGCCUUCCUGUGGGUAGGCAGCAAGACAGCGUUGGUUGAGAUUUCUUGUUGCUUCUGUCCGCUAGAUUUCCACUGUGCAGAAACAGAAAAGGGAGGCAGAAAUGAAUGCACAGUGUGUCAUGCAGGUUUACACAUAAGGGGAUAUUUGUAAUGCUGAACUUCGGGAGCUGCCUUUGUGUGGCGUCUGGGCUUUCUGAGGCCGCGAGCUGAUCCCAUCCCAAUAUGUAGCUUUUGCUUGGGAACGAAAGAAUCAAAUCGUGAAAAAAAGCCAGAAGAGCUCUUGUCUUGUGCAGAUUGUGGCAGCAGUGGACAUCCAUCAUGUUUGAAAUUCUGUCCUGAGUUAACAACAAAUGUGAAGGCGUUGAGGUGGCAGUGCAUUGAAUGCAAGACCUGCAGUGCAUGUAGGAUCCAAGGCAAAAAUGCAGAUAACAUGCUUUUUUGCGACUCCUGUGAUAGAGGGUUCCACAUGGAGUGCUGUGACCCGCCACUAUCCCGAAUGCCAAAAGGGAUGUGGAUUUGCCAGGUCUGUAGACCAAAGAAGAAAGGGAGAAAGCUGCUUCAUGAGAAGGCUGCGCAAAUAAGGAGACGAUAUGCAAAACCUAUUGGACGACCGAAAAAUAAAUUAAAGCAACGAAUGUUGUCUGUAACCAGUGAUGAAGGAUCCGUGAAUGCAUUCACAGGAAGGGGGUCACCUGGUAGGGGUCAAAAGACUAAAGUCUGUACCACACCUUCAUCUGGUCAUGCUGCAUCUGUGAAGGAUUCAAGCAGCAGAUUGCCUGUUACAGACCCCACUCGGCCUGGUGCCACCACCAAAAUCACCACCACCUCCACCUACAUAUCUGCCUCUACACUUAAAGUUAACAAGAAAACCAAAGGUCUCAUUGAUGGCCUUACUAAGUUCUUUACACCAUCACCUGAUGGUCGCAGAUCACGAGGUGAAAUAAUAGACUUUUCAAAGCACUAUCGUCCAAGGAAAAAGGUCUCUCAGAAACAGUCAUGCACUUCUCUUGUGUUGGCUACAGAUACUGAAAUCAAAUUAAGCAUCAAACAAGAAAAUACGGAUGUAUUUCUGUUGGGAAGCAAGGACACUGUUACACAGGAGGAUUUGGAAGUGUUUAAGCAGGCCCGAGAACUUUCCCUGGAGAAAAUUGGAUGUAAAAACACUGGUGAAACAAGUGGGCGAUACCCUUCAGUGAUUGAGUUUGGAAAAUAUGAGAUCCAGACCUGGUACUCUUCACCUUACCCACAGGAAUAUGCAAGAUUACCAAAGCUUUACCUGUGUGAAUUCUGUCUUAAAUACAUGAAAAGUAAAAACAUUUUGCUAAGGCACUCAGAGAAAUGUGGCUGGUUUCAUCCUCCAGCCAAUGAAAUCUACAGAAGAAAUGACCUUUCAGUAUUUGAGGUUGAUGGAAAUGUGAGCAAAAUUUAUUGUCAGAAUCUUUGUUUGUUAGCGAAGCUCUUUCUGGACCACAAAACGUUGUAUUAUGAUGUUGAACCAUUCCUCUUCUAUGUCCUUACAAAAAAUGAUGAGAAAGGCUGCCAUUUAGUUGGAUAUUUCUCUAAGGAAAAGCUUUGCCAGCAGAAGUACAAUGUCUCCUGCAUAAUGAUCAUGCCCCAAUACCAAAGGCAAGGAUUUGGAAGGUUUCUCAUUGAUUUCAGUUAUUUACUUUCUAGAAGAGAGGGUCAAGCAGGAUCCCCUGAAAAGCCAUUGUCUGAUCUGGGUCGUCUCUCCUACUUGGCUUACUGGAAAAGUGUCAUUUUGGAAUACCUGAACUGCCACCAUGAAAAACAAAUCAGCAUCAAAGGGAUGAGCCGAGCUACUGGAAUGUGUCCACACGAUAUUGCCACAACCCUGCAGCAACAUAGCAUGAUAGAUAAAAGAGAAGAUAGAUUUGUAAUUAUUAGAAGGGAAAAGCUGAUUUCAAGUCAUAUGGAGAAACUGAAAGCGAAUCCACGUGUCAAUGAAGUAGAUCCCGAAAGCUUGAGAUGGACUCCUUUGUUAGUUCCUAAUGCUGCAGUUUCUGAGGAAGAGAGGGAAGCAGAAAAGGAGGCUGAGCGUCUUAUGGAACAAGCUAGCUGCUGGGAAAAGGAAGAGCAAGAAAUAUUCUCCACAAGAACUAAUAGUAGGCAAUCACCUGCAAAAGUACAAUCUAAAAAUAAAUAUUUGCGAUCUCCAGAAAGUGUGGCCGUGGUGGGGGAGCGAGGGCAAUCCACAGAACAAUCUAAGGAAAGCAGUGAGGAGGAUGGCGGGGAUGAGAAUCAACAGAGUUCGCCUCCCCGGCUGACCAAGCCCCAGUCGCUGGCCAUGAAGAGAAAGAGACCUUUCAUACUGAAAAAGAAAAGGGGCCGUAAACGCAGAAGGAUAAAUAGCAGUGUUACAACAGAGACAAUUUCUGAAACAACCGAGGUGUUGAAUGAGCCAUUUGAUAACUCAGAUGAAGAGCGCCCCAUGCCACAGCUGGAACCCACCUGUGAGGUGGAUGGAGAAGAUGAUGACUUGAAGCCUGUGAUUAGAAAGGCUUUUGAGUAUCAACCUGGGCAGCAAAAACAGGAGGAAGAAGAGCAGAACAAGGAGGAGAAAGAUAAUCAUUGUUACAGGCGUGAUGAAAAUUGUACAGAUAAUACAGAGGAUGUAGCUGUGUUGGAAGAAAGCACUAAAGACAAUCUUGAACCUUUAAAGAGUAAGCAGGGUUGGCCCAAAGGAGUUAAACGUGGUCCAUCUAAAUGGAGGCAAAGCAAAGAAAGAAAACCUGGCUUUAAGCUUAAUUUGUACACUCCACCCGAGACUCCCAUGGAGACUGACUAUCAGGUGCUGGUGGAAGAACAAAAGGAAGUAGCUGAAGAAAAGCCCUGUUCAGUUCCUGCUGUUACAGAGGAAUCUAUUAAAGAACCUGCUGAAGCACUGCCACCACCGGAUGAUGAGGUGAAAGAAGUAGAACCUGAACCUCUGCAUCCACCCAGUGAACCCUUUGAAAAACAAGAAAAUGAUACUAUUAAAGCUGGGGAAGAAGAAAGGAGCAUAGAGGAAGAUGGAAUCGAUUCAAAAGAUCAAGAAAAAGACAAAGCAGCAGAAGUUUUUGUGCAGAAAGAGGAGUCUGUGCAUUUGGAUGAUCAGGAGGAAGAGGAGGAAGAGGAUGAAGAACCUGCUCACAAUGAAGAUCACGAUGCAGAUGAUGAAGAUGAUAGUCACAUGGGCUCAACAGAAGUGGAGAAAGAGGAAUUGCCUGGUGAAGCUUUCAAAGAAAUGCUGGAAACUCAGCAAUCUUUUUUAGACGUAAAUGUUCAAACUGGUAAUUCAAAUCAGGAGGAGUUAAUGGAUUGUGGCGUUGACCUUGCAGCUGAUGAGUGUGCAAGUGACCAGAAAGAACUUGCUACAGAUUCAGACCCAGUGCCUGAAUCUGAUGAUGAUCAUGCAGACAACAACCAGGACCAAAAAGCUGGUGAAGAAUUACAUUCCGAUUUCAAGGGAGAAAGUACUGAGACCAUGGAGAUUGACUCAGAGACCGUUCAGGCAGUACAGUCUCUAACCCAAGAAACAAGUGAACAUGAAGAUACAUUUCAGGACUGUGCAGAGACUCAAGAGGCCUGUAGAAGUUUGCAGAACUAUGCCCACAAUGACCAAAGUCCCCAGAUGACCACACUGGAUGACUGUCAGCAAUCUGACCACAGCAGCCCAGUUUCAUCUGUGCACUCUCAUCCCAGCCAGUCAGUUCGUUCUGUUAAUAGUCCAAAUGUUGCUCCUUUAGAGAACAGCUAUGCUCAGAUCAGCCCAGAUCAAAGUGCCAUUUCUGUGCCGUCUCUGCAGAACAUGGAGACCAGCCCAAUGAUGGAUGUUCCCUCAGUUUCUGAUCAUUCGCAGCAAGUUGUGGAUAGUGGGUUUAGUGACUUAGGAAGUAUUGAGAGCACAACAGAAAACUAUGAAAACCCAAGCAGUUACGAUUCUACGAUGGGUAGUAGUAUCUGUGGAAACAACUCUUCUCAAAACAGUUGCUCGUACAGCAGCCUUACGUCUAGUAACCUAACACAGAGUAGCUGUGCGGUGACCCAGCAGAUAUCUAACAUUAAUGGAAGCUGCAGUAUGAUGCAACAAGCAAACAUCAACUCUCCUCCCACUUGUAAUGUAAAAUCUCCCCAAGGCUGUGUUGUUGAAAGGCCUCCAAGUGGCAGCCAACAGUUAUCCCAGUGCAGCAUGGCUGCUAAUUUCACUCCACCUAUGCAGUUGACUGAAAUCCCCGAGACUAGCAAUGCCAACAUUGGAUUAUAUGAAAGAAUGGGGCAGAGUGAAUUUGGAGCAGGGCAUUACUCACAGCCAUCUGCCACCUUCAGCCUUGCUAAACUGCAACAGUUAACUAAUACGCUUAUGGAUCAUUCUUUGCCUUACAGCCAUUCAGCUGCUGUAACUUCCUAUGCAAACAGUGCCUCUUUGUCUGCCCCCUUAAGUAACACAGGGCUUGUUCAGCUUUCUCAGUCUCCACAUGCCGUUCCUGGAGGACCCCAAGCACAGGCUACCAUGACCCCUCCCCCCAACCUUACUCCUCCUCCCAUGAAUUUGCCACCUCCCCUUUUGCAGCGUAACAUGACUUCAUCGAAUAUUGGAAUAUCCCACACCCAAAGACUGCAGACUCAGAUGGCCAGCAAAGGUCAUGUCUCUGUAAGAACCAAAUCCACACCUCUGCCACCUGCUGCUGCAGCCCAUCAGCCCCAAAUUUAUGGGCGAGCUUCACAGACUGUGGCCAUGCAAGGGCCUGCGCGGACCUUAACGAUGCAGCGUGGCAUGAACAUGAGUGUAAAUUUGAUGCCAGCCCCUGCUUAUAAUGUCAAUUCAGUGAACAUGAAUAUGAACACUCUUAAUGCUAUGAAUGGUUACAGUAUGUCCCAGCCAAUGAUGAACAGUGGGUAUCACAGUAAUCAUGGGUAUAUGAAUCAAACCCCUCAGUACCCUAUGCAGAUGCAGAUGGGAAUGAUGGGAACUCAGCCAUAUGCACAGCAGCCAAUGCAGACAGCACCCCACAGUAACAUGAUGUACACUCCUCCGGGCCACCACGGCUACAUGAACACAGGCAUGUCCAAACAGUCUCUCAAUGGAUCCUACAUGAGAAGGUAGGCCCGUGGGAGACACGCAACCAAAUCGGCGUAUGGGAUUGAUCUGCACAAAUACCUUUGGAGAGUACGAUUUCAAAACCAGCAAUUGGUGUGAAUGCAAAAACAUUUGUUGGCACCAUUUAAAAGCUGUAUGCAGCAGAAAGCCUUAUACAAGUUUUUCUUUAUUUCAUGCUUUGUUGGUUUUUUUUCUUUUUUUUUUUCCUUUGGUUUCGUUUUGUUCUGUUUUGGGAUUUUUUGUUUAUUUUUUUAACAUUGUGAGAUUUAACUUCUCUUUGGGGGGAAUUAGGUGGUUUUCCAUUUUUUGUUUAUUUCAUUGAGCUUGAAGUUCUCUGGAAAGGAAGAACUCUUUCUAUGAACUGCAAUUACACAGCAGCUGAUGGUUCAGAGCCAUUUUAUGUGCCUGCUCCCAUUAAAAAUGUGGAUAAACAGACUCCAAAACUAUCAGACAGUACUGGAUCAUGAGCUUUUUCUCUCUCCUUUCCCCACAUGUAAAUGCCUUUUAGCAGUUCUUUUAUUGUAUUAUUUUGUUUCUGAAGGUGACACUUCUGCAUGCCGCUAAUGUCUUUGUUAGUGACAGUGCAUUUUGUAGUACUGUACAAGUGUUGUGCUUAACAGUAAGCCAUUUCUUAAUUUUUUUGCCUUGAUUAGGUUACCCUAGUUUGAGGGGUAAAAAAAAACCAGAACUAUAUUUUUGUUAAUUAUAAAACUUGUAAAAAUAAUAAAAAAAGCUGCAAAAGCUAUUCACAUUUUGGUUAGUUCAAAGGGUUUUAUUGCUGUAUGUUUAGUGUAAAGUUGAGACUCUUUUCCAUUUUUGUGACCAGUUUCUUUGGGGCUGGGUAGGAAAAAAGGCAGCUUUCUGUUUUAUAAAAACUUACGUUUUUUUGUUGAUUGAAACAUCUCAGUGUUUAUUUGUCAAGUUUUGAAACAUUUUCGUAUAUGUCCAAAUACUUGGCAGGAUUUAAAAAAAAAAGUAGUGAAUUUGGUGUAAAGUUGCUAUUUUAUGGAAAUGCCUCUAACUUUACAUUUUCAUUCCAUCUGUAGAUUUUUCUAUCUUUAUAAAAUAUUGGAGUUAUUUUUUAAGGGAAAAAAUAGAGCAGUAGCGUGUGAAUAGCUCAAACUAAGCUUACAGAUCGCAUGUAAAAAGGCAAAAGUUAUUUGUGUCUGUUUAUAUUGCUUCCUUUUUUGUAGCCUUUGUACCUGUACAGAGUGACUGUAAGGGCCGAACAGAAGAGGCUUGAUACAUGUAAAAAUAGGACCCAGUGACACUCUUGUAUUUAUCUGUUAUCUUUUUAGUCAGUCACUUAAAAAAAUACCCACAAAAGACCCACCCAAGCAACAAAAUAAAAACUGCAAAAAACUACACCCCCCCCCCCCCCAAGCUGUACAUUUUAACAUAAAAUAAAUUAUGAUGAGCCA